AUGUCCAACAAUCUAUCAGGCUUCUCUGUCGGGAUCAAAUUAUCUGGCAGUGAAGCUGCAAAAGUCUACCAUUCUAAAACCGAUACGCGUUAUUUCGAGCGAGAGCGGGACGUUUACGAACGACUUGGGCAACACCCGUACAUUGCAAGAUUGCUCCGCAUCCAAGGCCAGACAAUCUACCUGGAACGAGGAACAUGUCUCAGACAAGUGUUGAGGACUCAAGAUCUCCCGAUCGAAAAGAAACGUGAGUGGAUUGCCGAACUUGCCUGCGGACUUGAAUACAUCCAUUCGCGAAAUGUGAUCCAUGCAGACGUCAAUGCAACCAAUGCUAUUAUCUGUAAAGAUGAAACGAACGAGGAACACGUCAAAUGGAUUGACUUUGGAGGUUCGGGUAUAGACGAUAGCGAACCACUGGCGAUAUAUGACCUCUACAACUAUCGAACGCCGGAGCCGCCCCUGCCUGAAAUCAGCAUAGAAACAGACAUUUUUGCAUUUGGUUGCACAAUCUACGAAAUUGAGACAGGGUCACCGCCCUUCUUCAACGAGACCAAGGAAAUGGAUCCCGGCUACGUAAGCGACUAUGUGGAAGAGAGAUACAAGCAAGGGCUCUUUCCCUCCACCGAGAACCUCCGCUUUGAUUCCAUAAUCAAGGGCUGCUGGCAUGGACGUUAUGGCUCAAUGAGGGACUUGAGGAAUGAGUUAGACUUGACUGGUGCGCGACGAUCACCAGCAGUAGGAUUUUCCGGUCUAUUGCUCGGUGCUUUGUUUGUAUGGCGAGUGUUGCGGCGAAAGGUCGUCGGGGUUUGGAAGUUUCUGUUCUCGCGCUGGUUGCCGUUUACCAUCUGCGGAGGUUGA